AUGAAAAUUUAUUGUCCUUGCAACGAGAAAAAUAUCACGUUCGAAACGUCGGAAGCCAAUCGCGGGAAACUGUCGGCGGAAGUCCGCGGACCCAGUGGACUGAUCCCCGUCAAGGUGGAGAACGUGGGCAAGGACCGGGUCAAAGUCAGCUUCACCGCGAUUGCCGAAGGUCAUCACGAUAUCCACGUGUGGUGGUCGGAGCAGCCCAUCCCGCACUCUCCGUUCCCGGGCUGGGCCGAACCGGCCCUCAUCCCCAUCGACGCCGGCCGCGUGCGGUUGCGCGGUCGCGGCCUGACCGAGGCCAAAGUGCGCGAGGAAGCCGAGUUCAUCAUCGACGGCUCGGAGGCCGGACCCGGCGAGCCGGAAGUCCACAUCAGCGGCAUCAAAGCCGACAUCCCGGUAACCCUGCAGCAUCUGGGCAGCAGCGUGUACAAGGCGACGUACACGGCGCAGCACAGCAGCUCCUACGUUCUCAACGUCAAAUGGAGCGGGGACACGGUCAAAGGGUGCCCGUACAAACUGACGGUGGCGUCCGCCGGGGAUGCCAGUAAGGUGGUGGUCAGUGGAGAUAUCAAGAGCGGAAUGAUCGGCAAGGAUAUCAAGAGUAUGAUCGAUACGCGCCGCGCUGGACCAGGUCAUCACGAUAUCCACGUGUGGUGGUCGGAGCAGCCCAUCCCGCACUCCCCGUUCCCCGGCUGGGCCGAGCCGGCCCUCAUCCCCAUCGACGCCGGCCGGGUGCGGCUGCGCGAUCGCGGUCUGACGGAGGCCAAAGUGCGCGAGGAAGCCGAGUUCAUCAUCGACGGCUAGGAGGCCGGACCCGGCGAACCGGAAGUCCACAUCAGCGGCAUCAAAGCCGACAUCCCGGUGACGCUGCAGCAUCUGGGCAGUAACGUCUACAAAGCGACGUACACGGCGCAGCACAGCGGCUCCUACGUCCUCAACGUCAAAUGGAGCGGGGACACGGUGAAAGGGUGCCCGUACAAACUGACGGUGGCGUCCGCCGGGGAUGCCAGUAAGGUGGUGGUCAGUGGGGAUAUCAAGAGCGGGAUGAUCGGCAAGGAUAUCAAGAGUAUGAUCGAUACGCGACGCGCCGGACCAGGCGAACUGUCCGUACACUGUAUGGGUCCGCAUAAAGAGGCGUUCUGUGAGCUGUAUGACCACCGGGACGGAACGUACACACUGCGAAUCAAACCAGCCGAAGCCGGUCAACAUUUGCUCACCAUCAAGUACAACGGAGAACACGUGCCCAGGACGCUGUCAACGGAAGUCCAUUUGCCAUUAAAAUUGCCGGUACACCCGAUCCCAGCAAGUUAUCAGAGCCGGUUCAUGUGCGAGACCAAAGGUGCCGGUGCUGGGCAAUUAACCGUGCGCGUGCGCGGGCCCAAAGGCGCCUUCCGCGUGGAGAUGCAGCGCGAGAGUCAGAAGGACCGCACCAUCCUGUGCAAGUACGACCCCACCGAGCCCGGCGACUACCGCAUCGAAUCCUCGGCCGGCUACGUGCACGGCGGCGGCCCCAUGCCGGAGUACACGUACGGCAACGCCAGCGGCGUCUACGUCGCCUCCCCGCCGCCGCCGGCGGCUACCUCCUAUUCGCAGUGGCGUCGUGGAUCCGCCGAUAUCUGA